GAGAAACCUGAGGUCCAGAGGGGCUAAAUGACUUUCGCAGAACCACACAGCAUUUCACUGGGAGAUUUAAGCUGAGAUCAUGUCAUGUGACUCCAGUCCAGGGCGUGCACCCUCACCUCUCAGAUCCUCUCGGGAUGGGCUACUGAUUUUCCAGGACUCGGGAGUUCUCCAGGAGACCUUUCUUUUCGUGGCACCUUCCCUCUUCCUGUCAUAAUCCCAGAGCUCAUCUCUCUUCUUUGUACAUGAAGGUUGACCUAAAGCAGCUUCCAAGAUGUCUCAGCAAUGUACUCUGCCAGUGACCUUGCCCCCUGCCCCCAGUAAGGAGCCCCUCAAGCCUGUUUCUCCUCCCACCAACAUCCAGCAGGAGCAAGUGAAGCAGCCAACUCCACUGCCUGCCCCAUUCCAGAAGGUACCCUCGGAGAUCCCAGGGAAGGAUCCCAUGGAGCUCGGGAAGAAACACACAACUCCUGUGAAGGAGGUGCCCAAGAAAGAGUGUGAGCCACGGCAACAGGAGCCACAGCAGCAGGAACAGCAGCAGCAGCAACAGCAGCAGCAGCAACAGCAAAAGUCAGAGGAGCAAGGAAAGCCUGUGGAACAGCAGCAGCAGCAGAAAGAGUCAAAGGAGCAAGGAAAGCCUGUAGAACAGCAGCAGCAGCAGAAAGUGUCACAGGAGCAAGGAAAGCCUGUAGAACAGCAACAGCAGCAGCAGCAGCAAGAGUCCCAGGAGCAAGGAAAGCCUGUGGAACAGCAGCAGCAGCAGAAAGAGUCAAAGGAGCAAGGAAAGCCUGUGGAACAGCAGCAGCAGCAGCAGAAAGAGUCACAGGAGAAAGGAAAGCCUGUGGAACAGCAGCAGCAGCAGCAGCAGAAAGAGUCACAGGAGAAAGGAAAGCCUGUGGAACAGCAGCAGCAGCAGCAGCAGAAAGAGUCCCAGGAGCAAGGAAAGCCUGUGGAACAGCAGCAGCAGCAGAAAGAGUCCCAGGAGCAAGGAAAGCCUGUGGAACAGCAGCAGCAGCAGAAAGAGUCCCAGGAGCAAGGAAAGCCUGUGGAACAGCAGCAGCAGCAGAAAGUGUCACAGGAGAAAGGAAAGCCUGUGGAACAGCAGCAGAAGCAGAAAGAGUCACAGGAGCAAGGAAAGCCUGUGGAACAGCAGCAGCAGAAAGAGUCACAGGAGCAAGGAAAGCCUCAGGAACAGCAGCAGCAGCAGCAGCAGCAGCAGCAGCAGCAAAAGUCAGAGGAGCAAGGAAAGCAUGUGGAACAGCAGCAGCAACAGCAAGAAUCACAGGAGCAAGGAAAGCCUGUGGAACAGCAGCAGCAGCAGCAGAAAGAGUCCCAGGAGCAAGGAAAGCCUGUGGAACAGCAGCAGCAGCAGAAAGAGUCCCAGGAGCAAGGAAAGCCUGUGGAACAGCAGCAGCAGCAGAAAGAGUCCCAGGAGCAAGGAAAGCCUGUGGAACAGCAGCAGCAGCAGAAAGUGUCACAGGAGAAAGGAAAGCCUGUGGAACAGCAGCAGCAGAAAGAGUCACAGGAGCAAGGAAAGCCUGUGGAACAGCAGCAGCAGCAGAAAGAGUCAAAGGAGCAAGGAAAGCCUGUGGAACAGCAGCAGCAGCAGCAGAAAGAGUCCCAGGAGAAAGGAAAGCCUCAGCAGCAGCAGCAGCAGAAAGAGUCCCAGGAGCAAGGAAAGCCUGUGGAACAGCAGCAGCAGCAGAAAGAGUCCCAGGAGCAAGGAAAGCCUGUGGAACAGCAGCAGCAGCAGAAAGAGUCCCAGGAGCAAGGAAAGCCUGUGGAACAGCAGCAGCAGCAGAAAGUGUCACAGGAGAAAGGAAAGCCUCAGGAACAGCAGCAGCAGCAGCAGCAGCAGCAAAAGUCAGAGGAGCAAGGAAAGCAUGUGGAACAGCAGCAGCAACAGCAAGAAUCACAGGAGCAAGGAAAGCCUGUGGAAGAGCAGCAGCAGCAGCAGAAAGAGUCACAGGAGAAAGGAAAGCAUGUGGAACAGCAGCAGCAGCAGCAGAAAGAGUCACAGGAGCAAAAAAAGCCUGUGGAACAGCAGCAGCAGCAGCAGAAAGAGUCACAGGAGAAAGGAAAGCCUGUGAUACAGCAGCAGCAGCAGAAAGAGUCCCAGGAGCAAGGAAAGCCUCAGCAGCAGCAGCAGCAGAAAGAGUCACAGGAGAAAGGAAAGCCUGUGGAACAGCAGCAGCAGCAGCAGCAGAAAGAGUCCCAGGAGCAAGGAAAGCCUGUGGAACAGCAGCAGCAGCAGAAAGAGUCCCAGGAGCAAGGAAAGCCUGUGGAACAGCAGCAGCAGCAGAAAGAGUCCCAGGAGCAAGGAAAGCCUGUGGAACAGCAGCAGCAGCAGAAAGUGUCACAGGAGAAAGGAAAGCCUGUGGAACAGCAGCAGCAGCAGAAAGAGUCACAGGAGCAAGGAAAGCCUGUGGAACAGCAGCAGCAGAAAGAGUCACAGGAGCAAGGAAAGCCUGUGGAACAGCAGCAGCAGCAGAAAGAGUCAAAGGAGCAAGGAAAGCCUGUGGAACAGCAGCAGCAGCAGCAGAAAGAGUCACAGGAACAAGUAAAGCCUGUGAUACAGCAGCAGCAGCAGAAAGAGUCAAAGGAGCAAGAAAAGCCUGUGGAACAGCAGCAGUCCAAGAGACCAACCCAGUCCAGCCACUGA